UUAUGAAUGGAGUAUUAAAACUUAGAUGGCUCCAGUCCUUUUUGAAGUAUGGGGAUGUUGUUUGGUUUGUGGUUCCGACAUUUGUUUUUAAAAAGGUUGGAGGCAUUGAGUUUUUAUUGAAAUGUGAUUUUGAAAUAUCUAAAUUGCCUCUCCAGCUCUCUACUUUUCAUCAACAGGUUUUGUUACAGUGGAAAAUGAUGUUUAAACAUAAUUUUAGUCCUCACAAUGUUCCAAUAUGGAAUAACAGAGUUAUUUUGAGUGGAAGAAAAUCUAUGUUUAUGGAAGAGUGGUGGCACAAACAAAUUUGGUCAAUUACACGUUUAUUGGAUGACAACGGUAAUGUCUUUAAUCUGGAGGAAUUUAAUUGCAAGUAUGGCAUCGAUUGUUUAAAGAAAAAUUGUGAAAAAGUAGUACGAAAUAUCCCUGAAGU